UAAAGCAUAACUGUUCAUCAAUACCCUUUAACCCCUCUCUCCCUCUUUAUCUCCCAUCUUCUUUGGUUAUGGUAACCAUGAAAACAAAUGCAACAGAGCCACCUACAAGGACACACAUCAAGGGCAGCCGGAGUCAUUCGCUCCAUGACAACCAACAUCACCACAAUCGCGACCAUCACAUUCACCCGGAAACUACCAUCCUUGUGGUGCUUGUUCCCAUUGUCAUCGUCAUUUUACUACUUGCAAUUUCUUUAGUUGUAGCAUUUCUUCGUCGUGCGAAAUCUCCAAAACCGAAUGGAACCGCCGCUAACGGCAAUAAAAGUUGCAUGUUCAAUGCUCAUAGCAUCAUAUCUUUCAAUGGUACCACAGAUAUAUUAGAUAUGAAGAGAUGCAUAUAUGGAGGAAGACCACCAUCAGCAACAUCUAAAGGGAUUCAAGUAUUCACAUAUAAAGAGCUGCAAUCGGCUACCGACAACUUCAACCAAACUAACCUUGUGACUAAGGGCGGUUUCGGGUAUGUGUACCGUGGGUUGUUGCGUGAUGGCACUCCUUCCGUCAUUAAAAUGCUUCAUAGGGAAGGCAAGCAAGGAGAGCGUGCAUUUCGUUCAGAGGUGGAUUUAUUAAGCCGUUUGCAUUGUCCAUACUUGGUGGAUCUUCUUGGAUAUUGUGCUGAUAACCAACACAAGCUUUUGGUAUUUGAAUACAUGCCUAAUGGUACUCUUUAUGAUCGCCUGCACCCUUGUGAUGGUCGACCUCAACUAUUGAGUUGGGGUAUCCGAAUGAGAAUCGCACUUGAUUGUGCAAGAGCCCUCGAGUUCCUCCAUGAGCACACCACGCCAUCGGUCAUACACCGCGAUUUUAAAUCUACGAACAUCUUGUUGAACGAAAAUUUUCGAGGAAAAGUGUCUGAUUUUGGGUUAGCCAAGAUUGGAUCAUACAAGCUCAAUGGCAUGAUAUCGACCCGUGUUUUGGGAACUACCGGAUAUUUGGCCCCUGAGUACGCUUCAACCGGAAAACUUACCACCAAAUCAGAUGUCUAUAGCUACGGAGUCGUUUUGCUAGAGCUCUUAACUGGACGUGUACCUAUUGACACUAACCGCCCACCUGGAGAACAUGUCCUCGUCUCAUGGGCUCUUCCAAGAUUAACAAAUAGGGCAGCAGUUGUGGAGAUGGUUGAUCCGAAUCUACAUGGUCAAUUCUCGAGAAAGGAUUUAAUUCAGGUAGCCGCUAUUGCGGCAAUGUGUGUGCAGAGUGCAGCUGAUUACCGGCCUUUGAUGACGGAUGUUGUGCAGUCAUUGAUUCCAAUAGUGCACAGCAUAUCUUUUGGGUGCUCAACCAGUUCUUUUAGGUUUAGUAAACGAAUAAGCCCAAGAUCAUAAGCACCGAUUGGGUGUUGAAUGUUGAUUUGUAUGGUAGUUCAUAUAUUUAUUCAGUUAAUUUCAAAUUUUAAUACAUAAAAUUAGAAAAAAGAUGAUAUAAAAUUUUCACUUCAUGUGACAA